AUGUCGCUGAUUAGUCAUCAAGUGUUGACCUUUCACAGCGACCGCGACACACGGUUUAGGCUCAACGACGACGACAGCGCCCGACUGACAAGUACCAUGGACGAGGGAUCCACAAGUCAGCAUGGCGCAGCAGGCCUCAUCCGGUAUUUCGACGUUUCGGAAGAUGGUUUCGCGUGGCGGGAACCUUGUUCUGAGCAAAUACGCGAACGACGAGCAGCAAUGAAUGAUAAACUGAUAUUCGACUGUAUCCUGAUCUCUGGAGGUGUCAGGGACCCCGACUUUAUCUAUCCACCCCACGACGUCGCCGGCUUAACCAGACUCCUUGACGCCAUUGCAUCCUCGAGCUACGACACUCUCAAAAAACAGACCCUCGUUUACUUCUUGCUGAAAUGGCAUCAAGACGGGCGUGAGGACAAAUUCAGGCUGCAGUGCUCCAUUCCUCCCCAAUUUACGGCGCUUGCGGAUGCAUAUUGGUAUGUCGACAGCGGGAUCAACAUUGGAAAGGGUGUAUCUCUCCUUUCGGACUCGCGACUGAACCGAGACCACGCUUCCAAAAUCAUGCAAGCCAUCGCGCUUUCGCCCCAAUCAGGUCCUCUUCUGCGCAAAUACAUACGCACUGCAUGUCCAGCUUUGGUGGAACCUCCGGACGUCCUGCGUUAUCUGAUCGCACUGGCCGAAUCGAGCUUGUUCGAGGCAUGGAGCUUCCAGCGCACCUUCUCGGAAACCCAUGAGCUUCGCCCUCGCUUGUUCAGGAAGCUAUUGGACUGGGCACUCUAUCCUAUCCCGCAACCCAAGGCACUCAAGGAGCUCAUCUCACUCCCUUUGUCCAAAUACGAGGAAACCCUCCUCAAUGACUAUGCCACGAAGCCACCGGAAGAGUACUCGGCGUCUAUCAUCGCUCGGUUGCAAGACCUAGUUUGCGUUCGCUAUAUCGAACUCGGAAAAUACGCAGACGCCAUCAAAAUGGAUCGCAAAUUCUCUUCCAACGCGUACGACGGCAAAGAUUCGUCGGACAGGCGAAACAUGAUCAACGAGCUUUACGAAGCGUUGCCUCCAGUGGAGAAGUCUCUUAUCGACAUGCCCAUCCGAGUCGAGAAGCCCAAGCGGCCACAACCUCCUGCAAAUGCCGACGUGAGCAUGUCUCAAUCAUGGGAGGAGGUCAGGGUGCCAGAAAACUUGAACAAAUCCACCAGCACUCCCUUGCGCAACAUUCAAAUACCCGCGAACAACUCACCGGCCAAUGCUUCUUUCUCCGUGGCAAAUGGGACUACGCCCGCACCGGUGGCCCCGUCUGCGGCACCCGUUCUUCCUUUGGCAACCGGUCCCCCCCAGCCUGCAUUCACUCCCAGAAAGAGCUUGACGUCGCAGCCUUUGAACCCAUUGAAUUCUUCACUUGGUUCUGCCAAGAACCGAACACCGCUCAGUGGUGUGGGACAGCGCCUGGCUGCUGGCGCUUCUCCGUCCAUCUCAUCCCCAGUAAGCGGUAUCCGGUUCCCACUUCAGUCGAAGCCUCCCGUCCAGACAGGACACGCCUCCACCAGCACCGCUACAACCGCCGCCUCCAUCCCUCCACCUCCACCGCCGGUUAAUCCUGGUGUGCCCCCGCAGCCGGUGUUCAAAUCGACAACCAACCAGCCGAAUGCGUUUUAUCAACCCAAGCCUCACCAGAAGCAGAAGCGCACGUUUGAAGAGGUCGAACGAAGCCCUGAACGCAAUAAAUCUGAGGAUGCGGAGGAGGGCGACGAAACCAUGCAGGUGGACGAGAGUCCUCCCAAGAAGGAACGUAGGGAGGAAGAUAUGGGAGGACAGGCUGAAGAAGAUAUCCCAGGAUGGAAGGACCAUGAUGUCGAUGAAUCCCUCAACAAGUCUAUCUUUGCUCCUCAGGGAUCGCCACCAGAGCGGAUAUCCAGCGCUUCUGUUGUUCAAGUGAAGAAGGCUUCCCCUCCUUCUCCGCCUCAGGAAAGCAUCUCGGCCAAGCCGAAAUCCAAACAACGGCCUCCUGGUGCAUUCGUCGAUGAAGAGCACGAUUCGCAGUCGGAGGAAGAGCCCGUUUCUCCCGUCUCUGUCGUCUCUGCCGCUUCUGGCCGAAGGCGUUCCACUGCUCGCCAGGCUUCCGCCAGUCGCGGUAAAGAGCCCAGGACGUCUACGGCGAGGUCAACCCGCGGGCGAACUUCUCGCAAGAGCAAGGGCGACACCGAAGAUCUUGACCGUUGUGUCCCGGGUGGCUUCACUAUCAGCGCUGCCAGCAUCGAGACUGAGCCGACCGACAACGAAGAGGACGACCAAGUCGCACCCUUGCGCCCGACCUCGCCUCCUCUCACCGCGACGAGCAAGAGACCCGCCCGAAAGACACGGUCAGUUGCCUCCGUGUCGGACAUUGGAGAUGACGAUGGCGUGAAGACCCGGAGGCGCUCGUCCAGGCUUACGGCUUCCAGCAGCCUGCGAAACCUUUCUCCGGAAUCAGUCAAGGGCGAAUCGGCCACUGCACCCAGGUCUGGGACCAAGAAGUCAAGCAGGGCAUCUACUGCGAAGAAGCGCAAGUAG